AUGUCAAACUCUCUCCAAAUUAUUAUGGAUGAACACUGCUACAAGCAUAUGAACAAUGCCGGCGCAGAUUCAAAUCCCAAUAGCCAUUUCUUAGAAGCUUUUGCUGGUUUCCAAUAUGAAAAUUUUAGCGAAAACAACAACGCUCAACGUGGUCAUGUGCGCAACGAUUUUGUCGAAUCAGUCCAAAUGGAUUGGGUUUCCUCUAACAAAGAUGGGCCGCAUAACGAUGUGCAACAGUUUUUUAUCAUAUCCAACUUUAAGCCUGAGACUGUCGAACCUAACACUGGUAUCUCCGCUUCAAAAACAGCCAGCCACAAAAUAACUACUACUGCUACUACUAAAAAGUUAUAUUUCGGAAUGAUACCUAGAGCUGAUCAAAUAAUCAAGCGUCAAUAUCGCAAGUACACUGAACAACAGAUUAAUGAUCUCUUUCGCUUGGUGUUUCAAAAACAUAUGUUUGCCUCAGAGGCUGCCAGAGAAACAGGAAUUGUAGUUCGCACUGCGCAAGAUUACGUUCGCAAAGCCCGUUUGCUUAUUGAGGAAAGGAGACUGGCAGAAUGCAUGGAGGUCGAUACUGACGAGGAGAUUGUUGUUACAGAGCCUGUCAAGUCUAAGGAACGAAAGUAUGGAAACCAAAAGCUUUUUGAGGAACAUUCCAUCUUUUUUUUAGAAUUCUAUGAGAAGCAUGCAGAUGCUACAUUGAAUGAAGCAAGAAAAGCUGUGAUGGAUGCUUUUCCUGGUUUAGAGAUUACUGUCUCCACAAUUUCAAAGCAUUUGACCAAGCGUUGCGGUCUUACAAUGAAGAAACUAGAGAAACUUCCUGCCGCUCGCAAUGAGCUUUCCACUUUGGAGAAGAGAAAAGAGAAGAUCUUGGAGUGGAUGGGGAUGUCUGAUUUUGAUUACCUCAGAAGCUGUGUGUUUAUUGACGAGGCAGGCUUCAAUUUGCAUAUAAAGAGAACCUUUGGACGUUCUUUGCGUGGGACUCCUGCUAAAACAAUAGUUUCCGCGCAACGUGGUGUGUCUAUUAGUAUCAUUGGUGCGAUGUGCGAAUUAGGAAUUGUCAAUUUGAUGGUGCGUAAGCCUACAGCGGUAGCUUCCAAGAAAAGAAAGCUCGAGUUGGCUGAAUCCGGUGUUGAAAUUGUGAA